AUGUCAGCUGAUUUAGAAAAUCAACAACCACAAGAUCAUCAUCUUAUUAUUGAAAAUAAAGGAAACAAUUCCAAUUCCAAUUCUUCACCUUAUGAUCCUCAUCAUCCAAUUACUAAAAUUGAAACUGAUGGUGAUUAUGUUACUUUUGGUAAUGAAAAAUAUUUACGUUCAGAAUUAGUUGAAGCAUUUGGUGGUACUUUAAAUCCAGGAUUAGCUCCUCCACCUAAAAAUGAUUUUGCUAAUCCUGCUCCUUUAGGUUUAUCUGCUUUUGCUUUAACAACAUUUGUUUUAAGUUUAAUUAAUUGUGAAGCUAGAGGAGUUACUAUUCCUAAUAUAGUGGUGGGGUUAGCAUUUUUUUAUGGUGGUGCGGCUCAAUUAGUGGCAGGAAUGUUUGAAUUGGCAGUUGGUAAUACAUUUGGUGGAGUUGCAUUAAGUUCAUAUGGAGGAUUUUGGGGAGCAUGGGCAGCUAUUCAAGUUGAUUCAUUUGGUAUUAAAGCAGCUUAUAUUAAUAAUAUUGAAGAAAUGCAUUAUGCUGUUGGAAUAUUUUUAAUUGGUUGGUUUAUUUUCACAUUUUUUUUAAUGCUUUUAACAGUUAAAUCAACAGUAGCAUUUUUUUUAAUAUUUUUCUUUUUAAGUAUUACAUUUUUAUUAUUGGCAAUUUCUGAUUUUACUGGUAAAGUGGCAAUUAAAAAAGCUGGAGGUGUAUUUGGUUUAAUUACAGCUUUUGUGGCUUGGUAUAAUGCUUAUGCUGGUAUUGCUAAUCCUCAAAAUAGUUAUAUUACUGUUAAAGCUAUUCCAUUACCAGAUUUACAAGAUUCAACAAGAAAAAAUAAAUAA